CAUGUACAUAAAUUGGUCAUUCGUUAAGGAUUUUCUCACCGCUUUUCAACCAAUCUCUAAGUGCACCCUAAAACUUCAAAAUGAGCAGUAUAUUAUAGGAGAUUUCUUCAGGGAUUGGCUUACUUGCGAACUAGAGCUUGCAGACCUGGUCCCAGACAAUAUUUAUGCAGAUUCCCUCCUAAAUGCGAUGAAAAUAAGAAAAAAUGUCCUUUUAGAAUAUAAGGCUUUCGUCGCUGCUCUAUAUCUAGAUCCAAGAUUUAAUUUUGAAGAAACACCUCUCUCUGAGCAAAAGGAUGUUGCAAUGGAUCACUUAAUAAGGACUUACGAAAUGAUCCAGAAUAUUGAAAAUCCAUCAGAAUAUGAGAAUGAUUGCACUUCUGGAGUUGUACCACAUACAACACAGGACAAUGAACUUCCAAGCACAUCGAAAGGGGCGUACCAUAAGUUAACGCUUCACGUACGGUCAUUGGCAAAAUCGCAAAGUGCAACGAGACCAAUCGUAAAACCUGACAUCAAACAAAAGCUGGUUAAUCUCUGUGUAUAAGAAAUGGAACCGUUCGACACAAAUGUCCUGGAAUACUGGAGAUAAUUUUAUCGGAAUGAGUGUGAGAUGUUGAAGUUAGCGGAGGUUGUAUUAGCAGUACCAGCAACACAAGUUUCUGUUGAGCGGGCUUUCGGCGCACUUUCUACAAUACUCACUAAGUUACGUACAAAAUUGUCAAAAAAUCGUUAUCGAAUCUAUUGAUAACAAAAUUAAAUUUUGAUAUUCUCCACUUCUCAAAAUUAGAAAUUGAAGAAAAUAAAUAGAUAAAAUAAUGCGAUGUAAUAAU